UCCUCUGUUUCAGUUAAUCGGGCCAUUAUUUCUCCGUGCUUCUUGAAACUUGAAUCGAACCCAUGUCUCCUCCUCUCGCCCUCGUUCGCUGGAGGCAAAAAGAGGGACGAAUGGGGCGGCGUUACCCUUCUCCCCGUCGUAUCGACGUCGUCGUCGUCCUCCUCCUUAUUGGGCUGGAGGCCCUCGCCGUGGCGGAUGCGUCCGAUGGCGGACUAGGAGGAGUCGGUAUCGGAGAAGAAGGGGGAGGGGAGCGGCUGUCCAACAAGAAACUGUCGGGGAUCAUCAUCCCCGGCUACGCGUCGACGCAGCUGCGGGCGUGGUCGAUCCUCGACUGCCCCUACUCUCCCCUCGACUUCAAUCCCCUCGACCUCGUCUGGCUCGACUCCACCAGAGUUCUUUCUGCCGUGAACUGUUGGCUCAAAUGCAUGUUGCUGGACCCCCACAACCAGACGGAUCAUGCCGAGUGCAAAUCAAGGCCAGAUAGCGGUUUGUCUGCUAUUACAGAACUGGAUCCUGGUUAUAUCACAGGUCCUCUUUCUUCUGUAUGGAAAGAAUGGAUAACAUGGUGCAUCGAAUUUGGCAUUGAGGCUGAUGCAAUACUUGCUGUUCCAUAUGAUUGGAGGCUAUCAGCGUCAAUGCUUCAGGAGCGAGACCUAUACUUUCACAAACUGAAGUUAACUUUUGAGACAGCACUCAAACUUCGUGGGGGUCCAUCAAUAGUUUUUGCUCAUUCUAUGGGAAAUAAUGUUUUCCGGUAUUUUUUAGAGUGGUUAAAGCUUGAAAUUGCACCAAAACAUUACAUUCAGUGGCUAGAUGACCAUAUACAUGCCUAUUUUUCAGUGGGAUCUCCGCUUCUUGGUGCUACUGAAUCAAUUAAAGCCUCUCUAUUUGGAGUGACAUUUGGACUUCCACUUGCUGAGGGAACUGCAAGGUUGAUGUUUAAUUCAUUCGGUUCUUCUUUAUGGCUGAGCCCAUUCUCAAAGUACUGUAAAGCAGAUAAUAUAUAUUGGAAACAUUAUUAUGAGGGAAGAAGACGUCACCAUCACACACAUCACUGUGAUGAAAUGGAGUUUAAAUCAAAGUACUCUGGAUGGCCUACAGAUAUUAUUAAUAUCGAACUUCCUUCUGUUCAUGGUUUUGAAGCAUAUCCAUCAUUCUCAGAAGUCAAUCAGGACAUUAAUUCCCACCAGGAGUGUGGAAGGCCUGUUCAGAUGUCUUUUAAUGCAAGAGAAGUGUCAGAUGGCACCUUCUUCAAAGCAAUAGAAGACUAUAACCCAGAGACCAAAAUACUCCUAUAUCAGCUCCAGAAUUUCUACCAGGAUGAUCCGGUGCUGAAUCCUCUCACACCUUGGGAUAGGCCACCUCUGAGGAACAUAUUCUGCAUAUAUGGAACUGAUUUGAAGACUGAGGUUGGAUACUAUUUUGCCCCAAGUGGCAAACCAUAUCCUGAUAACUGGAUUAUUACUGAUGUGAUUUAUGAAUUUGAAGGAACCCUGCUUUCAAGAUCUGGUAAUUCAGUUAGUGGGAAUCCUGGAGCUAUGAGCGGUGAUGGAACUGUGCCCUACAAUUCCCUUGCAUGGUGCAAAACAUGGCUUGGCUCCAAAGUAAAUAUUACCAGAGCUCCACAAUCAGAACAUGAUGGAUCUGAUGUACAAAUAGAGAUCAAUGUAGAGCACCAUCAGGGCAAAGAUAUACUUCCAAACAUAACUAGGACUUCUCGUUCUAAGUAUAUAACUUACUAUGAAGAUUCUGAAAGUAUUCCAGGAAGGAGGACAGCAGUUUGGGAAGUGGAAAAAGUGUAUCAUAGGAACAUAGUUAGAUCUUCUGUUGUAAUGCGUGAGCUGUGGCUUCAAAUGUGGCAUGAUAUACAUCCAGAUGCAAAAUCAAAGUUUGUAUCAAAAGCCAGACGAGGUCCACUUAGAGAUGUGGAUUGCUAUUGGGAUUAUGGAAAAGCUCGAUGUGCUUGGCCAGAGUAUUGUGAAUAUAGGUAUAUGUUUGGGGAUGUUCACCUCGGACAGAGCUGCAGAUUGAAAAUUUACUCUGAAGACCUCCUCUCACUCUACUUAUAGUGGCAGAUGCAUGUAAGCUUAGAAGACUCCAUGAGGUGGUUGAUCAUUUGUUUUGCACAACAGCAAAAUACAGAGACUUCAAAUUUUUUUACUAAUAAUUUCAUAUCAUAAAGUGGGGUAAGAAAGGUGGGUCUCCAACUCGGUGGGUAGGUCUUUCAUGGCAUAUGUGAUCAAAAUUAUAUUUUGAUCUGCUAAAUUUUUGUUGCUUCAUUUCAACAUUAAGAAUUGAUUUAGUGCUGCCUGUACCAUCAGCAUCACUAGAAAAUAGCUGUAUGCAUGUAUCAUAAGGAAGCACAUGCUCAUGAACUUGAGAUGAGUACAAGUAACGAAUUGAUAUUGUUCGGAGUACAUUGUAAACUAGUUGUCGGUGUACCAUCUGAUAUUGUAGUUUUACGACAGUAUGUUUGUUUAAAAGUGAUGUUGAAACUUUUCCAUGAGCAAUGGUUUGCAACUAUGUUGUCAAUGGUACCAUAUCUCUAACUAGUCAAUAUUAUUGGGGGUACGAAAUGUCCAAUCUACUGGAGCGGACCAUGUUCCCAUGUCUGUUGGCUGGUGGACUACCACCCGAUUUCCCAUGUCUGUUGGUUGGUGGACUACCACCCGAUAGGCAGACUGAACCUGUCUUAAAUCUGUUUCAAGUUCCUGAACAUGAAGCGCUGCUUUCUUUACAUUAUGCACGCGCAUCUAAUCCGCAGACGUGGCUGCGAAUGGUGCGCUGCUGGCUGGGGAAAUCGAGCGGACAAAGUAUGCCGCCGGUAUGCACCAGCGAUCUAAACUCCAGCAAGAAAAAAAGAAGAAAAAUCGUGCGACAGCAUUCGUAAUCGAAGAAAGUCUCUCCGUUUUGCUUCUGCUGCACAUUCUAUGAUGAUGGUUUUUUGGUAAUGUAGAAAAACUCAUGCGCGUUUGGGACCGAAACGAGGAAAUGCGACGCUGGUUCGUCAAUGGAACGCAUUUUUCUCGGUCAUAGAAAACCGUCGGCUUCUUGCCGGUUCUUUGGAGCAGGGCAAAGUGAGUCAGCGCCGAGCUGGCUACGCCAACGGGCUCUGGUGAUCUAGCGUGACUGGGCCUGGACACUCACCAUGAGAAGGGAUAUGGGCCGGGUUCGCGAAGAGAGAAUUUUCUCGGCGCAAAGUCUAGACAUGAUGGACGGCAAACCAAUGCCCACCUUAUCUCCAUAUUUUGUUCAUCUAUCCGCACCCUAUCUUUGCCUCCCUUUUCCUUUCUGCUUUCCUCGCACGCCUCCGCCACUCACAUAAGACCAACAAAGCGACGGAAAAGAAAUCGAGGGUGCAAAGAAUGGCGGCGACAUUGCCUGGACACUUGGCGGUUUGCUUCGGAAGGACUUAUUCUUCUCUUCCCCCUCCGUCUUCUGCGGCCAAGCUUAGGGUUUCCAUGACCGUCUCCGGGAUUGCGUCUUCUGUGUCGAGGCCGACUUCGAUGCGAGCAUUACGCUUCGGGAGGUCCCAGUUGGUCGGCUCCCCCAUUGUCACCCCCGCCGUCGUCACUUCCCAACCCUCUCUCCCUCUUCCUACGGCUCGGGUUCACCCCGUUGUUGCCCGCCGGGUGUGCCCGUUCACUGGGAAGAAGGCAAACAGGGCUAAUAAAGUCUCGUUCUCGAACCACAAGACGAAGAAGUUGCAGUUUGUUAACUUACAGUACAAGAGGGUCUGGUGGGAAGCUGGAAAGCGAUACGUGAAGCUGCGGUUGUCCACCAAGGCGCUGAAGACCAUCGAGAAGAAUGGCUUGGAUGCUGUUGCUAAGAAAGCUGGAAUCGAUCUCCGAAAAGAAUGAAAGACCAUGUAAUUGUGUUUCCAUCAUCUUUAACUUCAAUUCUCUUGCUCGCAAGGCAUCUAUAUAUCAAAGGAUAAUCUCGCUCUCAGGCCAGUUGCAUUUCA